UGAAAGUUUGUCCUUUUCCUCAACAAUCAACCACAUUUCAAUUCGAAAUCUCUCGCCUUUACUGGUUUCCUCCUCUCUCCUCUCCUCCAUUGCUCCUUUACAUUUACCUCUAUCUUUCACCCACGCGGAGCUCCCUUCUCUCUUACCUCCAGUCCACACAGUAAUGUCGGCAAGAUCAAGAUCCCAAACAAGAAUCUGAUCUCCGAUAACUGAUUGAAAAUGGCGGUAUCAGCACACAGCCUCUUGCAAGAAAGAAAGUACCCAUUCAUAUUCGCCUUCUUUAUCUUACUAAUAUUCGUCACUCUCCGCCUCAUCUCCAACUCGCAGACACCCGCCGCCAUCGCUGCCGAUCUCGCUAAAUCCAACCCUUUUCCCUCCAACCCCAAGACUCCUCCCAUUUCCAGCCCUUCAAACAGUAGCACCAUUUCGCUGAAUAAUGACUUGAGAAAUGGUAAUAUCAGUUCUGAUUCUAAUACUAAUACGGGUGCAAGUGUAGAUAACGCUGCUGCUGUUGACGAUGGCGAUCAGGUGGUGGAUGUGGAGUGGGAGCUGUGCAAGGGAUCAGGGGCGGUGGAUUAUAUACCGUGUUUGGAUAAUUGGAAUGUGAUAAAAGCGUUGCCUUCGCGCAGGCAUAUGGAGCACAGGGAGAGGCAUUGCCCCGACCCGAGUCCCAAGUGUUUGGUUCCUUUGCCUAAAGGGUACAAAAUUCCGGUUCCGUGGCCUAAGAGCAGGGACAUGAUAUGGUACAACAAUGUUCCCCAUCCUAAGCUUACUGAAUACAAGAAGGACCAGCAUUGGGUGGUUAAAUCAGAUGAUUACUUUGUUUUUCCUGGCGGUGGCACACAAUUCAAGAAUGGAGUCAAUCAAUAUAUUGAGUCUAUUGAAAAGACUUUGCCAGUGAUUGAGUGGGGGAAGAAAACAAGGGUAAUUUUAGAUGUUGGCUGUGGCGUUGCUAGCUUUGGUGGUGCUUUGCUGGACAGAAAUGUCAUUACUGUGUCUUUUGCCCCAAAGGAUGAACAUGAGGCUCAAAUACAAUUUGCUCUGGAACGAGGAAUUCCUGCUAUGCUCUCCGUCAUCGGAACACAAAAGCUGACGUUCCCUGAUAAUUCUUAUGAUUUGAUUCACUGCGCACGGUGCCGAGUUCACUGGGAUGCAGAUGGUGGAAAACCAUUGAUGGAACUGAACAGAAUUCUUAGGCCUGGAGGAUAUUUUAUAUGGUCAGCCACACCAGUCUAUAAAAGUGAUGAAAGAGAUCAAAAUGUCUGGAAAUCUAUGGUAACUCUGACAGAAGCAAUUUGCUGGAAGGUAGUGACAAAGACUUUCUUUGAUUCUUCCCAAAUUGGUCUUGUUAUAUACCAAAAACCCAUGUCAUCUUCCUGCUAUCAGAAUCGCAAAGAGAAUAAUCCACCACUUUGCAAUUGGGGCAACAGGCGAAAUAAUUCAUGGUAUGCGCCUCUCGACAGUUGCCUUGUGCCACUUCCAGUUGACUCAGACAAAUGGCCCUCACCCUGGCCUGAAAGGCUCAUCAAUACACCUCAAAGCCUAUCAGCAGUACCAGAUGCUGAAGAAACCUUCAAAGGGGAUACCAGACACUGGUCUGCACUUGUCUCAGAAGUUUAUCUCGGAGGUCUUGGUAUAAAUUGGUCAAGUGUGAGGAAUGUGAUGGAUAUGAAUGCUGGCUAUGGAAGUUUUGCUGCUGCACUCAUAAGCCAACCACUAUGGGUGAUGAACGUCGUUCCAAUUCACAAACCGGAUACUUUAUCUGCCAUUUUCGAUAGAGGCCUGAUUGGAACUUACCACGACUGGUGUGAAUCUUUUAACACCUACCCUCGAACAUAUGAUCUUCUGCAUUCCAGUUUCCUGCUCAGAAACUUGUCUAUGAGAUGUGAUAUAAUAUCAGUAGCAGCAGAGAUGGAUCGCAUAUUAAGACCAGGUGGAUAUCUGCUAGUUCAAGACACAAUCGAAUCUAUUUCCAAGAUCACACCAAUUCUAAAAUCUCUUCAUUGGUCCACAAAAGUACAUCAAGAACAGUUUCUUGUUGGCACGAAAGACUUUUGGCGGCCAGAUGCAGAAAAGUAGAGUGUCAAGAUCUCUUACAUUUUACCAUGUAUAAGCAGCUUCACCUUAAUUUUGUUUCAUCAAUUGUACGAUAUUUUUCACAUUGUUUACAGUUGAAGUGGGGAUUUUUGGAAAAUAUAAUACCAGUAUAUUGUUAGUUUCAA